AGUUGCACCAAAACUGUCUGUUACUUCCACCUCCUCACACCAACGAAGACAGCAGAACAAUUUUCUGUGCAGUAUCUAGGCAUAGUCUACCUAAGUUUGAGCCAACAUCCCUCUUUUUUUUUUGCUUCACUAGUGUACAGGCCCAAAGAAAAAGAAAAAGAAAGAAGAUGAUAAGCAUAAUUUUCUUGGCGUUAGUCUGUCUGAGUCUUGCCAACAGCGCGUAUACAGCAGAGCACCGCCUUCAGAUCUUUGCCAGUCCUGGUGGGAAUGUUAGCUUGCCCUGCCACCUGAACCGUACUGAUGGUUCCAGUUUUGCUGGGAUCAGAAACAGGAUCAAGUGGACCAAGCUUGAGGAUAUUAAUGAUGAAACUGACGUGGUGGUUUCUAUGGGGUUCCACAAGAUCACAUAUGGACGCUUCCAAAACCAUGUAUAUCUGCAGGAGGCUGAUGAAAAUGAUGCCACUCUGAUCAUUACCAACCUCAAACUUGAUGACUUUGGCACAUACAAGUGUGAAAUCAUCAACUGGCUGGAUGACAUCAUCGUGGAGGUGGAGCUUAGAAUGGGUGGAGUUAUAUUCCCGUACUCCCCACGUUUCGGCCGUUACAACAUGAACUUCCACAGUGCCGAGGUGGCCUGCUUGGGGCAGGGUGCUGUGGUGGCGUCAUUCGAGCAGCUCUACCAGGCCUGGAAAGAUGGGAUGGACUGGUGCAACGCUGGCUGGCUGAGUGAUGGAACCGUACAGUACCCCAUCACCAAACCCAGAGAGCCAUGUGGGGGCAACAUUGCUGCUGGACUCAGGAGUUACGGUCAUCGUAACAAAAACAACAGCUUCUUUGAUGUUUUCUGCUACACCGCUGGAUACAAUGGAAAUGUGUUCUUCGUGAAUCAGAAACUGACCUUCCUUGAGGCCGUGCAGGCCUGUGAGGAUGAUGGAGCUGAGCUGGCGAAGGUUGGGCACAUGUUCGCUGCCUGGAAGCUGCAGGGUUACGACCGUUGUGAUGCUGGCUGGCUGGCUGAUGGUAGUGUGAGAUACCCCAUCUCCAAGCCAAGGAUGAAGUGCAGCCCCACAGAAGCAGCCGUACGUUCCAUCGGAUUUCCCGAAAAAAAGCACAAGCUCUAUGGUGCCUACUGUUUCACAGCUCACCAGUAAUUUGCUACACCUUACUUAAGCUCACACACCAACCAAAGAGCUGUAACACUCAAGCAUGCAGAGGGAGUUAGCAUGAUCAAGCAUUGCAACUAUUUUUUUUGAAGUACAUCCUGAAAUCCUUGUACUAUACAUUCCAAAUACACAUACAAAUGAUAGAACAAUUAUGCAUCAACUUUUUUUUUAAUGAUUUUUUUAUUCAUAUUGCACAGGUAUGCCAUUUUCAGCACAUCAACUGAAUUUGUCAAGGAAUGUAAUCUUUUAAAAUAAAUUAAUAAUAUGAACUUCCAGAAACAUUUUUGACACAUCUGACAAGUCUCAUCAGAGCACUGGUCACUACCUUUUUAAUUUUUUAAUCUUUUUUUUAACAAUUUUAAACAUUUUUACACACACGUGUGUAUAUAUACAUAUAUACUUAAAACAAAUGUAACACAAUGAAUCAUAUCAUGAAAUGUAAAAUGAAUGUACAUGGCCCACUGUCAGCAAGCUUAGUAGCUAAUUAUAACAGAUAUGUGUCAUUAGUCUUUCUUCUUUUUAUUUGUUUCCCUCUUUUCCAUGAAAAAAAUAGAACAUAAUGUCCUUAUUUUGUACGAUGUGCCCAAACACAUUCUUCCUAGCCUUUAUUCUUUAAAGGAGGUAAUUGAUAUUCUUAUUUACCUAAAUGGUGAGCGAAGGAAAUAUUUUUGUUCAAAUAUUUUCUUCCCUUGCACAAAAUUUGUCCUAUCUUGUGAUAUCACAGGUAGUACAAUUUCUAUCUAAAAAUAUAUAUAUAUAUGAUGAGCUGCUGGAGAUGCAAUGGAUUUUUGGUCAUUGCAAAAAACUGCAAAUGUAGUUAUUUUGGACCCAAAGGCACAUGAAAUCUUUAAUAGGACCCAGUUGCUUACUAGCAACUGCACUUUAAAUGACUAAUCUGAGCCUUGCACUCAGAUAAUUCUGAGUGUCAACAUUGUGUCAUAGGUUGGGUUUAUUAUCAAACACCUAUUUCUCUUACAUUUAUGGACUAAACUACAAUGACCUGCCACUGAAGGCAGGUGUCAUGUUCUGUAUUUCUAUUGACGUGGAGUUGUUUAUGUGAUUGGGAAGAAAACCACCAAUUAUUCAUUUUUGUAGUGCAAAGCCACAAUGUACACAUAUAAUACUUUUUUUUUAUCAUGCAUGAAACAUCACUCAUUUGUUUUAACUAAAAUGCAGUGUAUUGUUUUUUACAUCGAGUUUCCAAAUGGAAAAUAAAACCUCACAAAAACUGAAA